AUGAGGAGAACAUUUUCGAAGACAUCGGAUGGAGCACUUGUAGAUAAAGUUACAUUUGAAUGGUUCUGUAGAGACCGUUCAUAUAAUCUACCUGUUUCUGGAUCAUUGCUCCAAGAGAAAGCACGAGGAGUUGCAAAUGAAGUAGGUUUAGAAAGUUUUAAAGCUUCAAAUGGUUGGCUUCAAAAAUUCCGAGAACGUCAUAACAUUUCUUUUAAAAAUAUAUGUGGUGAAGGUAACUCUGUUGAUACAAGUGUCAUAGAAAAGUGGUUAGAAAAAUUGAAAACAUUAAUUUCAGAUUAUGAACCAAAAAAUAUAUUCAAUUGUGAUGAAACCGGUUUGUUUUUUCGGGCACUUCCUGAUAAGACAUUGUGUUUAAAAAACGAAAUUUGUCGUGGAGGUAAAAUAGCUAAAGAUCGUUUAAAUGUUUUAUUAUGUGUAAAUAUGAUCGGGGAAUUUGAAACUCUGUUAAUAAAUGGAAAAUCACUAAAACCACGUUGUUUCAAAAGUGUAAAUGUAUCAACGUUAGGUGUUAAUUGGAAAGCUAACCGUAAAGCAUGGAUGAAUCGAGAUUUAAUGACAGACUGGCUAAUGUGUUUUAAAAUUAUUUUAUUUCUAGAUAACGCUAGCUCACAUACUGAUACAUUAAUUUUAAAAAAUAUAAAACUAAUAUUCCUACCUCCAAAUACAACUUCGAUUUGCCAACCACUAGAUCACGGAAUUAUCAAAAAUUUUAAAGUUCAUUAUCGCCAAUGA